AUGCAGUUCAGCUUUGUCAAUGUCACAGGUCCAAAGAAGACUCGGAGAGAGGCGCAUCUAGAGUUGGCGGAAAUUCGAUCUCACAACACACGACUAAUACACCAACGCAGGAGGAAGCAGACACAAGAGACACGCAGUGUUUCGCGAGGAAAGGCACAGUCGACUUACUCGGCACAAUCUCCGCGCACGACGACAUCUCCAGAAGCGGAGCCUAGAUCACCAGAACCUGCAGAGGGUCUAAUUGCUCUGCAGCAGAUACCUGCCUCCAAACAUGACCCCCUACAGCACCUGUCAGGGUCGUCCGACCCUUUUGAUGCAUUCGGAAACAUCCAAGUCACGCCUGAGAUGAACAGCUUACUAGGGUUCAUGCGCCAUGAAUACCUGCCUUGUAUCUUCAUUACACCCAUGGCACUAAAGCUCUGUGGCCAGAAGUCGUACACGUCUCAGAUGAUCGAGCAAGAGCUGGUUCCCGGUGCUCCGUUGAUCAAACGUGAAUUCUAUAGGGCGAUGGUGAAUCCCAAAAAUGCUCCCGGAUGGAUUGCGAGCCGAAUUCCUAUUGUUUUCAGUAUGCUACCACAGUCCAGCUGCGAGCAGUUCGAAAAUGUCGCUGCUCAGGUUCGCCUGCAGAGCUUCAAGCAACUGAGAGAAGACCUCGCACUACAGGAGCAGACCGGUACCUCGGACAUUUCACUCGUUAUCCAGAUUGUGCAUAUGUUCAAGUCUGGUUUGAUGGAGAACCAACCAGACAGCGCACGCGUUCACGCGUGGGCACUAAGGCGUAUAGGUGACAUCGUUUCUGAUGAUCCGUACCUGGCCUUGGAUCUAUUCUGCACGCUGAUGUACACCGAUGCCGACUAUGCCAUCAGCAACAUGCGCUAUACGCUGCUCGACUACGACCACUGGCUUAACCAGCAACUGGAGCCAUAUUGGCAGAGGAUCGAAGUAGCUCUGCCAGAUAUCGGCAACGCUUAUGAAGAAGUGGAUGAGUCGGUGGGUUUUCCUAAAGUCCGCGGAGCACUUGUACGACUGCGGCGAACCCUCGCCAUUGCCAACAUGGGGAUCGAUAUGACCGUCCAAGAGAACCAGGCGCGUGUUGUAUACAUCUACCGAUGGGCUGCAAAUCGGACACAUCAUGAUUCGGCACAGCUGAAUGACCACUACCAUAAUAUGAUGGCGUCGAUACCAACCGCCGACCCGGAAGAGGAGACCACACGACAUGGAGAGGCCGCUCUGACGCUUGCAACGCUGUAUUGCAUCAGGAAGUACAUGCAUACGGCUAUCUACAGAGGCGUUGACAUUAGAGAUGUCUCUCACGUCAUCAUUCCGCGGCUCAGGGACGCUAUUGCUAAGACUCUCCUUACCGCCUCACUCCCGCAGCCAUGGCAAUACCAAAAGGCACUUUUCUGGGCACUUUACUGUGGCGCACACUACGAGGAAAGCCUUCGCCGCGGUCUGGCAAAGCCCUGCGAUCCGCCUACGGACGGCUGGUUCGGUCAAAUGCUGGUGACAGUGGCGACUCAGAUGAAUGUUCUGCGCUGGAACGAUGCGCAGGAACACCUAGAGAAGAUCGUCUAUUCAGACCUUCUUGCCCCAACUGGAGCCGAAUGGUUCGAACAGCUAAUGACACCUGUCGUUCCGAGCGAACUUGUACAGGGGCGAAGGAUCGACCUCAGUUGGCAGGAGCCGUAUACUGUCAGACGAAAGGCUGGAGAAUAG